GCUCCCCUUAGGUCACUUCCUGCAAGAGGGUCUCCUCGUGGAGAGCGGCCUCGCCCUCGCCUGCAGGCCUUUGGUGGGUCUCCUCUCUGUUCCGCCUUGGGGAGAAGGGGGGGCGUGGGGGGCUGCUGGGAAACCUGUGGAACUCCCUCCCCCAGGAGCCAGGGGCCCCCAAACAGGGCCGGGUUGAGGUCGGAGGAAGGUACUGGGGCCCUGUCUCGCUCCAGCAGUUCUGGGGCCACAGCAAAUGGUCGCUGUUUUUUGUACUGAAUAUCUGCAAGAUGGUAAUUUACGGACCUCAUAGGUAUCUCAAGCCAUUUGCACUUAGCAAAAUAUGUAUUUUAUCAAAGUCACUGUUGAACUGAAAUACAGUGAGGAAGUAUAUUAAUAGUGAAAUACAAUGAAGAAGUAUAUUAAUAGUGAAAUCAUCAUUAAGCUCUAACUUAAAAUGAUUUUUCUUCAUAAUGCAAACACAUUGGCAUAGGGCAAUAACAAAAAUUCCUUCAGAAACACAAUUUACAAAGACUCAUAAUCAAGUCUCUAGAAACUUGUGAUAACAUGAAAUAAGAGGUGUAAAUAUAUAAAUAGCUUUAUUAAUAUGAAAUUAAGUGUUAUAACCUGUACAGUGCAAUUGUAGUUAAUACAAUGUGUUUUUAUAUAAUAUCAAUGCAGUAUCACCAUAGUAGUCCACACUGUUCAUUGGGACAGCAGACUUUUGUACCCUGUUACACUUACUGAGUGUAAAUGACAGUAUUUCUAGUAAUAUAUCACAUUCAUAAAUAAUACCGAUACUAUAUCUGCCUGUACAUCAAAAAAUUAUUAAACAGGACUAAUUAUAUUAAUGCAUCUACCCAAUACCCAUUCAGCUGUAUAAUUUUAUCAUGAUUCAUUGUAUACUGUGGAUUCAAACAGUACACAAACAUGAUCUAAAUUCCAGUACUUUGCUUGCUUUUGCCAAAGCAAAAUCACUGAUGAUAUCAUCAAACGAUAAACUGCAUAGCUUGUCAUUUUCUGUGCACAUGAUGCUGAGGUAACAUAAUUUAUCUUGAAACUUUGUUGUUCUAAAUUCAUUUUUUAUCCUCUUCAGCUGAGAAAAGGAUCUUUCUCCAUGGCAAUUUGCAUUCAUCAUUCAAAUGAACAUUCUCAGAAUUGCUUCUAUAUUAGGGAAUGCUGACUGGAGCUGGUCAUUGAAUGCCCCAGGAAUCCAAGGCAGGAGAGGCCCUCCUGGAAAGGAAGCAAGCGGAGGGUGGGCGCGAAAGAGGCAACCCCCACCCUUGAGUGAUGAGAGUUGCUAGGGGACCCGCUGACAAGGAGGAUGGAGGCCAUGGGCGUAGCCAGGAUUUCCGGGGGGGGGCAGCCAAAGCAUCUGCUGGUGGGGGGGGGGAGAGAACCUAAAUUAAUUGUGUGUUUUCAAAGCUUUUCAAUACUUUUUUAGGAUCUAGUGUGGCAGCUGGAUGGUGUCUCUUAAGAACUGUGAGCAUCCUUAACAAACUACGGUUCCCAAGACUCUUUGGAGGAAGCCAUCUUGCUUGGCAGAGGGUUAAUGAAUUGGUUUGAAUACAACCAAAAAUGCAGGAUAGAACAUAGUGAGCAGAGAACAGAGAGCAUUCCACAUGGCAAAGCCCUUGUGGUUGUGCUUAGAUUAAGAGUGAGUCAUGGGCCUUUCUCCUCUUCCAUUGCCAAUUAAAUAAUAUAAAGUGUAGGUCUGUUGAUGAACUUAGGCCCAGAAAUGAACUGGCAACCAAUGCAGGUAUUUUAAAACAGGAAUUACAUGUAUGCCAAAGGAUUUUCGUGAGUCUUCAAUGAGGAGGGGUAGAUGCCACCUGUGAGGCUUCAGGGAAUCCCAUCCCUCCCCCAUGGCCUACCAAAAAGUCAAUAACAAGAAGAGUUCCUACUGAGUCCUUUAUUCAAUAUUUACAGAGAGAGACUUUUAAAAGCGCCUCUCCAUUGCAGUAAUGGCAUUGUUCUGAGCAAAGUCCCACCUGUCUCUCCUCUUCUACGUCAUCCCUGCGUCGGCUGAUCUGUGCUUUCUGCCUCUGAGCUUCCUGUUCUCUUAAUGCACUCUCAAUGCACGCUUGGUCCUGGGAGAAGGAGGGUCAGGAAUGCUUUCUGAAGACACGGAGUCUGUCAGCUGUCUCUCCCCUGGUGCUGCUGCCUCUUCCUCCUGCUGCUCUCCCAAUAUUUCCCAGCUUCUCCCCUCUGCAGCCUCUGAACUAUGACCUUCUGCAAACCAGUGUUGUAAAUCUAUACUGUCCUCCUCUUCUCGGGAAGGUUCAGGAGGAGGGAAGGUGAUCUCCACCAUUCCUCUUCGGUCCAGUCCCUGACACCACCUGGAGCCUGUUGGAGAAAAAGGUGGGAUAGAAAUGCCAUUAGUAAAACAGGGAAUCCAGUUGAGAACCCAACCGCUGCAUUUGGGGCCAGUUUCCGAGGCGUCUUCCGGGGCAGUUCCACCCAGAGGGUCUUGCAACCAUCCCAUUGGAUCCAGAGCCGGAAGUCCCAUGGCCACAUCCUGUCUGUGCCAAAGGGACAGUGGCUGGAGCUAGACAUGGGCCCUCCUGCUUACCAAGGCCACCCAAGCAGAUAUGGCUGGAUUGGGGUGAAGCUCUGGACUAUGAAGUGGGGUUGGGAUACAAAUGACUCACUUGUCAUUCACAGUUAUGAUGUCUUCCUCCUCCUCCUUUCCCCACGCUUGCUCAGGUAACAUUCUUCUUCUCUUGGCUGUGUAUUGAUCUUAUAAUAGAAGACUGUGUUUGAUUCGUAGGAUUUGUUGCACCUUGCAUUAGAACUUGGCAGAGGACCAAGGGGCUCCUUCCGAUCUCUUGGAGACUUCCUGGGAACACAGAUGGAUGAGCAAGACUCAGCUGGCGCUGAAGCAGGAAGAGGCCAUGCCAUGGAAACGGGGAGCAGUGGGGGAUUCUGUGAAAACUCUAUGCAGAAGAUCCUGGUUGAGGAGGACACCCUCCACUCAGCUGUGCAGAGCCAGCAGCUCAGGCAGUUCUGCUACCAGGAGGCCAAAGGACCCCGAGAGGUUUGCAGCCAACUCUACCACUUUUGCCACCAGUGGCUGAAGCCAGAAAGGCACAUGAAAGCUCAGGUGUUGGACCUGGUGAUCUUGGAGCAGUUCCUGGCUGUCCUUCCCCUGGAGAUGGAGAGCUGGGUGAGGGAAUGCGGAGCGGAGACCAGUUCCCAGGCAGUGGCCCUGGCCGAAGGUUUCCUCCUGAGUCAGACAGAGGAGAAAAAGCAGGCAGAACGGCAGGUGAGAGAGACUUUCCUCUGGAUACUCCCAAGGGGCUCCAAAGAGGAGGGAGAGUAUGCCAAAUUAUUUACUAAUGGCCCAUCCUUUUUUGGAAAUCUACUGCUACUGCUAUUGUUGUUGUUGUUGUUAGUUUAAUACCACACCCAUGUGGCUGGGUUUCUUCCAGCACAUAGAAAAGCAUAAUAAGACAUCAGAUGUCUUCUAAAAGUUAUGCAGUUCUUUAUCUCCUUAUCAUCUGAUGGGAGAGUAUUCCACAGGGUGGGUGCCACUGUCGAGAAGGUCCACUGCCUUGUUCCCUGUAAUAAUGAUGAUGGUGAUGAUGAUGAUGAUAAUUUAUUGUUUAUAUCCCGCCUAUCUGGCUGGGUUUCCCUAGCUACUCUGGGUGGCUUCCAACCAAAUAUUAGAAACACAAUACAGCAUUAAACAUUAAAAAUAUCCCUAAACAGGACUGCUUUCGGAUGUCUUUUAAAAGUAAGGUAGUUGCUUAUUGCCUUGACAUCUGAUGGGAGGGCAUUCCACAGGGCAGGCACCACUACCGAGAAGGUCCUCCCUGGUUCCCUGUAACUUUGCUUGUUGCAGAGAGGGAACCAGCAGAAGACCCUCAGAGCUGCACCUCAGGGUCCGGGUUGAACGAAGGGGGUGGAGACGCUCCUGUGGGUAUACUGGGCAUUUGAGGCCGUUUAGGGCUUUGAAGUUCAGCGCCAACACUUUGAAUUGUGCUUGGAAACAUUCUGGGAGCCAGUGAAGAUCCUUGAGGACCAAUGUUUCAUGGUCCUGGCAGCCAGUCCCAGACACCAGUCUAGCAGAAGCAGGAAACAGCUUUCACCUCUGUCCCCCGAAAGCGCUUGCCUCUGCCAUUCCUUUUCUAAUCCUUCUCCCCAUUCUCUGUUUUGAAUCCAUGUUGCUCUUUCAGAGGAAGAAUCUUUUUGCAGAAAUGGGUCUUGAUUCUUCUGAGGCAGAGAAGACUCCGCUGGACGCCAGAGUGAGGCCUCUGGGUAAGGAGGAAGGAGUGUUUUCUCUCCCGUUUUGUCACAUUCUCUUGGUUUUGAAACUUACCGUAUCUGUGAGUUCUUUACAUCUUUUGGGUGAAGACACUUGGAGUCCAGAGCUCGGGGGGGGGGGGAGAUGUAUUUUUGCACAACCAAUAUAUGAAAUGGGUACAAAUGUCCAAAUGUAUUCAGCAGGGGAGACUUUUACAAUAGUAAUUUUUAUUAGUUUUCAAUUACAGUCCUAUAAUAGCCUCAUUAUAACAAUGCCAAAUUACAAUACAAUUACUAAUACCAAUCAUUCAGAUACCAUAUUAUAUAAUUUAGGUGGGACACCCGCCCCCCCGCCAAUACCGAUGGUUUGAUGAUUUUCUUUAUUUCUGCAUUCCAAAAUCUUAUUAAUUUCAAUUACACUCCAGUCAAGAUAACAAUCAUUUAUACAACAACUGCAGUAUUAAUGACUUCCAUUCGUAUGGAAACAUCAAAUAAUAUAUAAAACUACAAGUGAGGCACUCCAGCUAUAUCCUUAUUCUUCCCGUGUGUGGCAAUCUUUCUGUUCAUGAUGUUUCUUCCUGUCCUUGUAAAAUGUUCUGUCUAUCUUUUCCUGGUUGUUGCUGUUCUCCAUCAUUUCUUGGGCAGAGCUAAUAUCCCAUUGUGGUUUCAGAAAUUCUCCAUUGCUCCGUCCCAUGCUUCAUUGUUUGGCAACUUUAACAGCAGCUGCAAAAAUCACACGGUCCCAAUAAAUAACCUGUUUUUGCCACUUUUCUUCUCUCCCUGGGAAGGAGAGGGAUCUGUCGAACUGCAAAUGAUUCAGUAAUGAAUUUUAUCAGCUCCUUCACAACUUGCAGAUUGCUUACAUCCCUCUAUCUGGCCGAAUAUAAACGCAGUUAUCCAAUUAAAUUAAAUUCCAAGUCCUUUUAGCAUUAUUCAGUUCAGUCCAUAAAUAAUAAAGGAUGGGGAAGAGUCAGCUCUAAUUUUCCAUCGUAAACAUUUUGUAAAAUAGAGCUUCCCUCCCUUUUUCCUUUUUUUUACACACAAAGUUCCAUUUGAUGUUAUAUUCCAUAUCUGCAAUCCAGUUUCAUCCCUGCACACCUGUACAUAUAUAAUUUGAACUAUCAUUCAAUGGUGGGUUGCCAAAUCAUAAAUGUAGAGAAGAAAACUUUAUAUAAAGAAUCCGUAGGCUUCCCUCCCCCCCCCCCCACAUCUUUUGCACCAAAUGAAGUCUUCUCUCAAAUUCAACCCUUAAAGACCUUGCAGCUGUUUCAGUCCCACAGUUUAUGAUCUCAUCCCUUCCAGCAACAUCUGUACAUUAGUCCAAAUUGAGCUCUAAUUGACAGGAAAACCUCUGCUCCUUAAUGGCUACGAAGGAGGGUUUUCAGCAGGCGAAGGGCUUUCGCACUCAGCGCCUCCCUGCCUCCCACAACCCAUGCCGGAGCGAGAGCCAGGUACUGAGACGAACUGGGAGUGAAGCCCGUUCCCCCUGUCCCUGGGGGAACUUGCGAGGAGAAUUACCCUCAAUCAUCCUUGUUUUUCCUUUGCCAACGAUCUCCCACUGCCCCAUUAAGGCAGAGCGGAACCGGAGGCUAGCAGGGGAGACUUGGACAAGCCCCAUCUGUACUUAGAGAUGCACUGUUUCACCUCUGAGAGAAGCAGGCGCUCACGGUUUCCACUUUCCUUGGUCUCUCCCAGGUGACGGAAUGAUGCCACCAAGACCUGCUCCUUCAUCUUUUCAUGGUGGUGGAGGGGAGGCAGCAGCUGUGGACCCAGAUCAGGUAGGGGGGAAGGAGCCUUCCGGGGAAGGACUGCUUGGAUGCAGACUGGCUGGACACAGUUGGAUGCAGAGGAAUGGUGGGAGGAGCCAGAGAAGAGGGAGCCGACUGGGAGGAGGAGGAGGAGGUGUCUGAAGCUGGAGAGGGAAGAGGGCUCAGGGAGCAGAGGGAGUCUGUGGCAGAGAGCAGCCCAGACUCCGAGGCAGAAGCUGCAGCAGGAGAGAGGGAUGAGGAAGGCAGAGAGGGGUUUGGCCGCUGUAGACAACAACAGAGCCAAGUGUAAUGGAUCACGUGAAUGUUCUCUAAUGUUCUCUUUUUCCUUUUCUGUUAGGAUACAGUUUGCUUUGAAGAUGUAGCUGUCUAUAUCACAGAUGAGGAGUGGGCAUUGCUGGAUCCUGACCAGAGAGCUCUGCAUCAGGAGGUCAUGGAGGAGAAUCGUGGGAUGUGGGACUCUCUCAGUAAGGCUCCCUAUUGGUUCAUCCUAUCUGUUUUGUAAUUCAAGAUAUAUAUCUAGGUGAUGAACCUCUGAUAUUUUGAUGGGGCUCAACAGCACUACCCACAGCACCUGGGAUGCUAACACUCCCACAGCAAACCUUGGAUGGAUGGCUAUUGAUUGUUUUCCCUGUGAAUAUUCUUUCUCCAGUUCUGCCUUUUAAAACCCUGACCAGGAUGUCUGAACUGCCCAGGCCUUCUUAAAUGUAGGCUUCAGAGUGAUUUGAGGUGUUAAAGUAGCUUCAGUCAAGUUUUUUGCUUCUGUUCUUGUUUUGUGUCUCUCUUUGGUUGACCAAAGAGUCGACUGACAUUGGAGAUGGCACAGAUUCCACAACUGGACCAAACAAACUCCAUCCCAGAAAAGAGCCAGGCUUUUGAAUCUCAGGCAUUGAACAUCAAACAUUUAAAAAUUCCCCAUACAGAGGUGCCUUCAGAAGUCCUCUAAGUUGCAUAGUUAUCUCCUUGACAUCUGAUGGGAGGGCGUUCCACAGGGUGGGUGCCCCUACCGAGAAGGCCCCCUGCCUCGUCCCCUGUAACUUCUUGCAGGAAUGUAACAUUUAAGUAAGGGCACUUGAGUCAUAAUAAUGCCGAUAUCACAAGUUUCUGCUGCAUGCUGUGAUGUCAAGAAUUUAAGAAAACAUCCAAAUUGCUUUAAUGUGAUGCACAUCAUAAUAUUUUUUAGCCACUGAAGAAGUUUAAAUUUGGCAGCUGCUACACACAUUUGUUCAAUACACAAAGAGUGUUUUUCAGCACACAGAAGUCCAUAUGCUUUCCAUUUUUGUUCCCCUACUCUUACAUCGCCCACUACAAGGCAGCUGACUUAGACCGUGCCUGUCCAGUGUCAGUGUUCCCAAAUAUUUCACCAGCUCUUAAAAUUUGUUUAGAUUUAUUACUGCAUAUUGAACUGCGUGAAAAGGACAGUAGUGACUUUGAAAACGUAUGGGAACCAUUUACAACAUUCCUACAGAAACAAAACAAAAAAAAUGGACUCGUUGGCAGUUUACAGCUUUAUUGAUAGAGAACAAGAAAUUUUACAGUGUGACAAAAUAUUAUUUUAUACAAAUAGCAGAAUGUAAUAUAUGAGGUAAUAAACCAGAAAUGGAAGCUGAGGGAAGUCAACAGAGUGGGGAGAAACUGGAAAAUGAAUGUUAUUGAUAGUGAAUAUUUGUUACGAGAAAAAGAAAACCAAUAAAAAUUAUUUUUAAAUAAUUACUGCAUAUUGAACAACUUAGCAUAUUAAAUAUAUCUUAAUUUUGGACAGGGAACUUUCCAGCAUUGGCCACCAUUUAAAUAAUAUUAAAAGUACAUUUUAUUCAUGAAGAUAGUACAGAUCCAUAUUUAAAUUUGAACAAAAAGAUGCUACCAAGUUAAGCUAAAAUAGUUAGAGAAAACAUCUAAUAUUCAACUUGAUUAUUUUAUGAAAGUAGACAUUUUUACCGAACAAAAUGAACAUUAUAACAUCUAACUCCCUUCAGUUCUUUCCCUGUCACAAACCUUAAUGAGCAUUGCUCCAUAAUUUUGAGCUGCACUUCUUCCCUGGACUCUAAUCCGUUUGCCUCUGAGUUUCAGGUGGUGAUAAAUUGGAAAUGAAGAACAAGGGAGAGCACAAUGAAUUCCACACAGUGGAGGAGCCAUAUCAGGAUUCAGACUGUGGAGAGAGCUUCAGUCAGAGCUCCCAUUCCUCUUCCCAUCAAAGAAAUCCCCUUGAGAAGAAGCCCUAUCAGUGCUUGGAAUGUGGAAAGAGCUUCAGUCACAGGGCCCAUCUCACCUCCCAUCAAAAAUUCAUACAGGAGAGAAACCUUAUCAGUGCUUGGAAUGUGGAAAUAGCUUCACCAGGAAAGAAAAUCUCACUUCCCAUCAAAGAAUUCAUGCAGGGGAGAAACCCUAUCAGUGUGUGGUGUGUGGAAAGAGCUUCAGUCGAAAAGAGUGCUUCACUUCCCAUCAAAGAAUUCAUACAUGUGAGAAACCAUAUCAAUGUUUGGAAUGUGGAAAGAGCUUCAACAGGAAAGAAAAUCUCACUUCCCAUCAAAGAAUUCAUACAGGGGAGAAACCCUAUCAGUGCUUGGAAUGUGGAAAGAGCUUCAGGAGGAACUCAGAUCUUACUUCCCAUCAAAUAAUUCAUACAGGAGAUAAACCCUUUAAGUGGAAUGUGGAAAGAGCUUUACUUGGAAAGAAAGUCUCACUUUCCAUCCAAGAGUUCAUGCAAGGGAGAAACCCUUUAAGUGCUUGGAAUGUGGAAAGAGCUUCACCUGGAAAAUAAGUUUCACUUCCCACCAAAGAAUUCAUACAGGGGAAGACCUCUAUCAGUGCCUGGAAUGUGGAAAGAGCUUCACCAGGAAGAAAGUCUCACUUCCCAUCAAAGAGUUCAUGCAAGGGAGAAACCCUUUAAGUGCUUGGAAUGUGGAAAGAGCUUCAACUGGAAACUGAGUUUAGCUUCCCAUAAAAUAAUCCAUACAGGGGAAAAACCGUAUCAGUGUGUGGAAUGUGGAAAGAGAUUCAUUAACAGCGCCAAACUCACUUCCCAUCAAAGAAUUCAUACAGGGGAGAAACCCUAUCAGUGCUUGGAAUGUGGAAAGAGCUUCACCUGGAAAAUAAGUUUCACUUCCCAUCAAAGAAUUCAUACAGGGGAAAACCCCUAUCAGUGCCUGGAAUGUGGAAAGAGCUUCACCAGGAAAGAAAGUCUCACAGCCCAUCAAAAAAUCCAUACAGGGGAGAAACCAUAUCAGUGCGUGGAACGUGGAAAGCGCUUCAGUCAAAGCAACAAUCUCACUUCCCAUCAGAGAAUUCACACAGGGUAGCAACCAUUUCAGUGCCAAGAGUGAUUGGAGGGAUUUAUGAAAAUCUGGUCUCAUCUUUAAAGUUCUUUAAAAAACCAUUUGAGCUCUUAAAAGGACUGACAGUUGGCUAAAAAAGCUAAUAGCAGGACAGGUUUGGACAAGUUUGCUUCUCUUCGAAGGAAAAUAUGUCUUCUACUGUGAGACAGUUAAAGAGAAUUGGAUUACUGCAACACAACCACUCUUCUCUGGACAUCUAAAUUGCUGUGUCCUCUUGGACACAUUGUUUCUUUUUUCUUUCUUGUGGUUCCUCUCUUAAAGUAAUUAUUUGGUUAAUUCGAAUCUUAAUUUGAGAAAUUGGAUUUUAUGUUAAACAGCUUAUGUGUUCUGGGUAUCAGGCUGGAUGGAAGAGGGAGGGCUGGAAAAAUACAGGAAACAGGAUCUCUUAGGAAAGAGUUAUUCUGUGGCCUUGAGAAACUGAUAAGGGGUUGCUGGAAAAGGGAGAGUGAGAUUUUGACUAUGGCAGUUAAAAAACAGUUAACACCAGGCCUGAGUAGAAGAUCUUCAGAGCAAGACCCAGGGGACAGGUCCCCAUCUGAAUUGGUGGAACUUUUUGCUGACUUAAAAAAAUACCGGACUAAAGAGAUGAAGGAAAAGUUGGAGAAGCUAUUAGCCCGCCCUAAAGUUAAGAAUUUGUCAAGAAUGUAUAACUUGCUGUUGAAAUGGAAUACUCAAGAUGAAAUGGUGAAAUCUGCUAUGAUUAAAUGGGCACAAGAUGUUGGACAUAAUAUUAUGAUGGCCGACUGGGAACAGUUAUGGACCACUGGUAUGAAGUUUAUGGCAUGUAAUGCCUUAAAAGAGAAUUUAAUGAAAAUGAUUUAUAGGUGGUACAUAACACCAGUCAAGCUUGCAAAAAUCUAUCACUUGCCCGAUAAUAAAUGUUGGAAAUGUAAUGAAACUGAAGGUACAUUCUUUCCCCUUUGGUGGACAUGCCCAAAGAUUAAGGCAUUCUGGGAGAUGAUCUAUAAUGAAAUGAAAAAGGUAUUUAAAUAUACCUUCCUGAAGAAACCAGAGGCCUUUCUCCUGGGCAUGGUCGGCCAAUUGGUGCCAAGGAAGGAUAGAACUUUCUUUAUGUACGCUACAACAGCAGCAAGAAUACUUAUUGCAAAGUACUGGAAGACACAAGAUCUACCCACCAGGGAAGAAUGGCAGAUGAAGCUGAUGGACUACAUGGAACUGGCGGAAAUGACUGGCAGAAUCCGAGACCAGGGAGAAGAGUCGGUGGAAGAAGAUUGGAAAAAAUUUAAAGUAUACUUACAGAAACAUUGUAAAAUUAAUGAGUGUUAGAAGGGUGCUGGAAUGAAGCUAUAUGGUUUUAGUAGAAAUGCAACAAAGAAUUAAGUAAAAGCUGAUUGAUAAUGGGUUAAAAUGAAAAAAUUCAAGGUUAGACCGUUAAGAUAAAUUAUAGAAUAAAAAUUGAGAAAGAUGGGAAGAAUUUGCUGAAAUAGUGAAUUGAACUAGAAUACAAAAAAAGGGAGGUGUGAGGAGGUCGAUGAAACAAGUAAAGGAAAGGUAAAGCUAUGGAAUAUUGGAUCUCUGUUUUAGUUUCUUUUUUGUUUUUCUUUUUUUCUGUAUUGUAUCGCUUUUGUAUGUCUUUUUUAUUUUUAUUUUUUAUCUCUUAUUGUUUUUUUCCCUUUUUCUGUAAUUUUUAAACUUUUAAUAAAUAUCAUUUUUUUUUAAAAAAAAAGAGAAGCUAUUAGCCCGAAUUGAUAGAAAUAGUGAAAUGGUGACAAAUUUUACCACUAAAGUAGAGAGACUGACAAAGAAAACAGAAGCACUUGAUGUCUACAUGAAAGGAAGGGAGGAAAAAUCUAAAAAGCUGGAAUGGGAGACCAAAAAAUGGAAAUCAGAACAGGAGAUACUUAGGAUUGAUGUGGACUGUUUGGGUGGAAGUCAAGAGGCUUUUUUGGGCGUUUUGGCAGUCCUUGAGAUGAGACAGAAAGCCCUGCCUCUGAGAUGGAGAGGAGGGAGGAGAGCCAGGCCUUUUGAAUCUCAGGCGGUGAACCCUGUAGUAACAAUAAUGAUAAUUUUGUUAUUUUUACCCUGCCCAUCUCCCUGGGAUGCCCCAGCCACUCUGGGCAGCUUCCAAAAAAUAUAAAAACAUAAUGAAACAUCAAACUUUUAAAAAUUCCCGAUACAGAGGUGCCUUCAGAAGUCCUCUAAAAGUUGCAUAGUUAUCUCCUUGACAUCUGAUGGGAGGGCGUUCCACAGGGUGGGUGCCCCUACCGAGAAGGCCCCCUGCCUCGUCCCCUGUAACUUCUUGCAGUAAUGUAACAUUUAAGUAAGGGCACUUGAGUAAUAAUAAUGCCAAUGUGACAAGUUUCUGCUGCAUGCUGUGAUGUCAAGAAUUUAAGAAAACAUCCAAAUUGCUUUUACGUGAUGCACAUCAUAAUUAUAUUUUUUAGCCACUGAAGAAGUUUAAUUUGGCAGCUGCUACACACAUUUGUUCAAUACACAAAGAGUGUUUUUCAGCACACAGAAGUCCAUAUGCUUUCCAUUUUUGUUCCCCUACUCUUACAUUGCUCACUACAAGGCAGCUGACUAAGACCAUGCCUGUCCAGUUUCAGUGUUCCCAAAUAUUUCACCAGCUCUUAAAAUUUGUUUAGAUUUAUUACUGCAUAUUGAACAAUUGAGCAUAUUGAAUAUAUCUUAAUUUUGGACAGGGAACAUUCCUUCAUUGUCCAUCAUUUAAAUAAUAAUAAAAGAACACCUUAUUUAUGAACGUAGUACAGAUCCAUAUUUAAAUUUGAACAAAUUGAUGUUACUGUUAAGCUGUGUUAAUCUUUUAAAAACUUAAGUGAGAGAAAACAGCCAAUAUUUGAUUUGUAUAUGAAACUAGACAUUUUUACAGAACAAAAUGAACAUUAUAACAUCUAACUCCCUUCAGUUCUUUCCCUGUCACAAGCCUUAAUUAGCAUUCCUCCAUAAUUUUGAGCUGCACUUCUUCCCAAGCCUCUAAUAUGUUUGCCUCUUAGUUUCAGGUAUUGAUGAAUUGGAAAUGAAGAACAAGGGAGACCACAAUGAAAUCCAUACAGUGGAGGAGCCAUAUCAGUAUUCAGACUGUGGAGAGAGCUUCAGUCAGAGCUCCCAUUCCUCUUCCCAUCAAAUAAAUCCCCUUGAGAAGAAACCCUAUCAGUGCUUGGAGUGUGGAAAGAGCUUCACCUGGAAAAAGAGUUUCGCUUCCCAUCAAAGAAUUCAUACAGGAGAGAAACCAUAUUGUUGUUUGGAAUGUGGAAAGAGCUUCAGUCGAAAGGACAGUCUCACUUCCCACAAAUCACAUCAUACAGGAGAGAAACCUUAUCAGUGCUUAGAGUGUGGAAAGAGCUUCAUCUGGAAACAGACUUUAGCUUCCCAUCAAAGAAUUCAUACAGGGGAGAAACCACAUUGUUGUUGGGAAUGUGGAAAGAGCUUCAGUCAGAGGACCAAUCUCACUUCCCAUCAAAGAGUUCAUACAGGGGCGAAACCCUAUCAGUGCUUGGAGUGUGGAAAGAGCUUCACCUGGAAAGAAAAUCUCACUUCCCAUCAAAGAAUUCAUACAGGGGAGAAACCCUAUCUGUGCUUGGAAUGUGGAAAGAGCUUCACUAGGAAAGAAAAUCUCACUUCCCAUCAAAGAAUUCAUACAGGGGAGAAACCCUAUCAGUGCUUGGAAUGUGGAAAGGGCUUCAGUCGAAAGGAUAGUUUCACUUACCAUCAAAGAAUUCAUACAGGGGAGAAACCAUUUCAGUGCUUGGAAUGUGGAAAGAGCUUCACCUGGAAAGAAGGUCUCACUGCCCAUCAAAGAAUUCAUACAGGGCAGAAACCCUAUCAGUGCUUGGAAUGUGGAAAGAGCUUCAGUCACAGCUACCAUCUCGCUUCCCAUCGAAUAAUUCAUACAGGGGAGAAACCAUUUCAGUGCCAAGAGUGUGGAAAAAGCUUCAGACAUAAGAGCAGCCUCACUUCCCAUCAAAAAACUCACGAUGGAGGAAAACUAGUAGUGUUUGUGUAGAGAUUUAAUUUUAGGAGGCAUUAUUAUUUUUUAAAUUUACAUACUGCCCUUCAUCACAAAAUCUCAGGGUGGUUCACAAAAUAAAAUACAAGGUAAAAGCAUGAAUAAAUAGGUAAAAGAAAAACAACACAGCAACACCACCUCUCCCAUAAACAUUUAAAAUGCUGUACAGUGGGAGACUUCUGGUUUCUGCAGAUGGCGGUCGGAGUGCGAGUCUGAUCGCUCUGACACACUUGAGCCCCAUGGAGCAACAGGGAGAAGCACUAAGGCAGAGUGCGCAAAAAACCCUGAGAGGGUUCUCCAGGUGUGGACGGUCCAGCAGCCCGCAAAAGCUUCUCCAGCUGCCCUCGAUUCCUCUGCUGAAAGGCACGGAGAGUGGGUGUGGGGAGCAGUGACGGAACCAGUGGUCCUGGCAGCAGCGCAGCUCCGUGGGAGACAAGCCUCCACUCUAGGCUGAAGCAGAGAUUUCCCAAAACUACUUACAGCUGAUGGGAAGGUAAAGAAGAUUUUAUAAAAGAUUGUAUUCGACUAAAUUCGGCACCAGACAGAGAAAUAAAAAGGAGGUUCGUCCCCAUCUCCUAGGUAAUAGCCACUGCAUUGGGAAAGUUUGUAAGUGGGAAAGUUACCAGCUUAUUUGAUAUAAAUGGACAGCAGCUUGCUGAUGGGAAAGUUAGAUUAAAAGCAACCCAAACCCAUUCUCAUUUCUUAUUGGAUUUAUAAUUGUGAACAUGACCUUGCAUCCAAGAAACCCGAUGUCUGCAGGAGAACACCCAUUAAGUGGAGUGAGUACCUGGAAAUACUUGUGAGUUUGGCAAGGCAGACUUUGAUCGGAGGGAUUUUUGAAAGUCUGGUUUCAUUUUUAAAAAAUAAAAAAUUGUCCAGUAGCACCUUAGAGACCAACUAAGUUUGUUCUGGGUAUAUUAUUUUGUGUGCAUGCACACUUCAUCAGUUGGAGAAUUAUUAAAAAUUUCUGGGAAAGGAUUUAUAAUGAACAGAAAAAAAUGUUUAAAAUGACCUUUGUUUAAAAACCAGAAGCUUUCUUAAUAGGUUUAAUAGAUGCUGAACUACCCAAAGAACAGAAGAUACUCAUGUAUGCUACAACAGCGGCCCAGAUCCUGUUAGUUCAAAGAUGGAAGGAAGAAACUUUGAAGAAUGGCGAAUCAAACUUAUGGACUAUGCAGAGAUGGUGAAACUAACAACAAAGCUCAGAGACCAUGAUAAUGAGAAAUUCAAAAAAGAGUGGGAAACAUUUAUUGUAUAUGUGCAAAGAACACUAAACAAGUUGAAACAUUAGCAGCUUUGGACUAAACGCUUGCAAUUACCAGAAAUUUGGAUAAUUUAGGAUAUAAUAAUGGAUUAAUAGUAGAUAUGGAUAUGCAGAAGAAUUUGGUGUAUAUAAGGAACCAGAAGUGGGAAUGGGGGGAAGCUUGAAGAUUUUAAGAAUCUCAGUAGAGAUAAUGAUGAAAGGAUAAAGAUAUACAUAUGAAGGGGGGGGCACGUGUUUUCAAUGUUAAUUGUGGAAUCUUGUUUUGUGGAAAGUAAAAUAAUAAAAAAAAUAAUGCUGUAC